GCACCAGGGUUGAAAAUGGAGGAAAUUUGAUAAAACACAACAUAACAACAAUGGAUCGUCACCAUUCAUUUAUGUCACAUGCUUAAUGAACACAGACGUAUAACAACCGAUUUUGUGUAACUACUGAUAUGGGUUACUUGAGAGCAGGGUUUAAAUUAGAAGCAAACUGUCAAGAUCUCAAUAUUAAAGUUUGGUUUCAUAAUUUACAGUGAAGGUAUGAAUGUGCAAGGAGCAAGUAGAACAAGGAGACAGAGGUUUGUGGUAGCAAGCCAAAAGCCCACUAAUUAAAUCUUUAACAAUGUGUCACAUUUAUAAGUGCAUACAUACUGUAUUAUAUGUUUUUGCUGAUGUGAUAUUUAAUGUUAUAUAUUUUUUUAAUAAGUUUGAUUAGAUAUUCUUAAUCUGAGAAGUAACUAGUAACUAAAGCUUUCAAGUGACUGUAGUGGAGUAUAAGUAUCAAGUAGCAUAUAAUGAAAAUACUCUUUAAAACUGAACUUAAUCGUGGUACUUCAGGAAAUGUACUUCGUAACAUUGAAGUAAUUACAUAACAGAUUUGAUUAUGUUGUUUACGUCCAGGAUGAUCUACUUUAAGCAAAUGAAUUGGGGUGAACAAAUUGAAAUCAGUGGUGUGUUAAUGUUUAUGUGUUUAUUAGCCAAAGUCUGUCAUGUCCAUUGGGCAAGUUCAUGAUUCACAAAUGCAAAUGGGAGGUCAGACUGGUUUGCACUUGAGGACAACUUUUGCCCAGAUACAACCUGUUGACAAAACCCUCCCCGACUCCUCCAGCUCCAGUCUUUCAUUUGCCAUGAACUAUCCCUGUCACACCGCAGGACAGACAUUAACAGGUGUGAGGCUCACUGUAUCAUAGACGUGUCAGUCAGGAAUCAAGAAAAGCUUAUUCUUUACAUACAACAUGCAGACAUUUUGAAAUGAAGGCAGCAAAUUAGCCCGUGUGCAUUUGUUAUUAAGGGUAAAGGGGUGAUAAAGGUAGAUGUUGUGGUGCUCAAGCUUGCUAUUUUUCCAUUCUUUUUCCUCUGUCAAUUUUUAAAGCUUAAUAUGGUGUUUGUGUGAUGUCUUAUCAGUUUCGCACAUCUAAAGACCAAAGUGUACCCACUUUCUGCCUGUCACAGGCUUGACAUUGGAUAUAGGCUGGCAGCAAAAAAUUAUAUUUAGACCGAGACAUUUACAUGCUGCUGCUUUUUUUCUUUACAGUUCAUAUUAGUCACUGGCUACAAUUUAUUAACCCAGAUUAACCUGCUUUAUUGUACAUACCAAAUGCAAGGGUUCAGAGGGUGUGAACAGCUGAUAAAUUAACCUCCCUACAUGUUGAAAAUGCUUCAGAUGAAACACUGGAAGACUCGUUUUCUAUUUCAAGAUUAGGCUGAGCGUGAAGACGAGGCUCCGGCACACUCGCUUAGAAUGUGAUCAACAGAGCAGUACUGAGUUGUGGUGAGAGGCUAAAGGAAAAUCAUCAAGAUAUUACAAUAAUGGAUUCUGUGACAGAAGAUUUUGCCCGGUCAGAUGCUGACACUGAGAUGACGGUGUUGACACCUGAAGAUAUUACCGAGGAAAGCCUUGAUGUCAGCGAUGAAGUGGAGAACCUUCGAAACAGUUUACGUGAAGCUGUCCACGAUGACAAUGUCCAACCUAAGAUGCAGUGCCUGAUGAUGGACUCCUCCUUCUCCAUGGUAACUAUGCAAGGCGAGGACAGCGGGAUUGCGUGGGAGACGACCCCAAGUCGCUGCACCACACCAUGGGCAUCUGAAACCGAAACCCCAACCGUUGAUUUCAGCUCUCCAGGUGGAGUAUGGCCUGCAAAACCUGGGUCUGUUCCAGCAGGGAAGAUAAUCUUUGUCAUGGAUGAGGAGCUGAUUUCUAGACGGAAGAAAACUAAAGAGAGGGUAAGCGGUCAGAGGAGACAACGAGAAGUCUUUGAAGAAAGCUCUGAGAACAUCUCAGGAAGGCCAGAAUUGGUGGGCGUCUCAGAGCCAAAUGUGAAAACCAAAGGAGAGGGAGCCGAAGAAGAACCAACUGAGCCUCUGGUAGAUAAAGAACAAUGGCUAUUCAGCUUAGUGUCUGAAGGCUCUGAAAUCCUCAACAUUGUUGUUCCACCUAAACUUGCUACUGUGGAUGAAGAAGAGAGCAAAGAAAUGGAGGAUAACUUAUCUUAUCUGGAAGAGAGCCCUGUUCCUAAAGCAAGCAAAGAGAUCAAUGAUAAUGAGCUAUGGAUCUUAACGAACACUCCAGCAAUGUCAGUUUCAGCAAGAGCUGAACCUAUACAGCUGUCACUUCCCAUGGGCCCAUAUGGAAUGGAUCCACCAGGGGCUCCAGUGGCCAGAUCUCCAGGCAGAGGAGCUUCUGGUAAUGUGGACUACUUUGAGGCAUUUACCAUGAUUGAUGCGCAGGCUCCAGGAAGUCCUGCUGUGAUCGCAGAGAGACAAGUGGAACCAGAGGCUGAGGACUCCACCAACAGCCAGCAUACUGAGAAACCGGUGCAGUCUAGAAGCAUCACCGCUACAACAACUCUGAAUGAUGACAGGUCAGACACAGUCAGUCUAGGGGAAAUCACCAGCGAGCUUCUAGAUGAGGUCUUCUACGGUGGUACAGACGACUACCUCGUGAAAAGUCUAGACAGAGAGGUCAGAGGUGGAGAGGCCAAAUGUGCGCCCUUGAGGCUCCCUUCAAAACCGAGCGGUUCAACUUUAUUUGGAAGCCAGGAAGACAUCCUGACUCCGAUCUUUCUACCUGAAGGACCUCCUAAAAUAAUCGACCAAAUUUUACUGGAGGAGCCCAAAGCCAUGGCCUUCCAUUACACCGACCUGUAUGAGGAAGCAAUCGGCAGUCGACAAAAAGAAGAGGAUACAGAGAGUAUGACCUCUGAGAAGUCCUUCCACAGCAGGCAUUCAGACCGGGAGGCCAGGGGAUAUUUGGAGAAAUAUGUCCUGAUAGAUGAGACUCCUGCGGUGGAGGUGGCACAAACUGAUAAAGAAAAAGGCCCAGAAGAAGGUCCUCGGACAUUGUGUCAAGAUUUGUCUGAUUUCGAUUUUCUGUCCAAGCCUGAAAAAGGUGAGGUGCUAAACUCAGAGGAGGAAAUCACUGACUUCUUCAGGUCCAGUGGCAAUUCUUCUCCAUGUGAUGUGGAGCCUCUCUCUCGUUCACUUGAAGAGGAUGACACACAACCAGCGACAAAGAGUAUCGCUAAGACAAACAACAGUGUCUCCAUAACAGUAGGAAAAGUCACUGAAAUCCCAGUAGAUCUACUGAGCAUUUCAAGCUUUGAGUUUCCUUCGGAGGAAUCCGACUGGGAAACAACUGAUGAUCAUCCAUCAACUCUAGAUGACAAAGAUAUCAGCAGCUAUUCAGAUCAGAAACUGAGGAAACAAGAUUUGGAAAUUCAAAAGCCAGUUGCCCCUCCCAGGAAAAAGGCAACAUCCUCUCCUAAAGCAAGUCUGGACCUAACACCUCUGACGCCAGUUGAAAAAGAAGAGGCUGUUGGAAAGGAGCAGAGGGAGGAGGAGAAAGAGACAGCAUCACCAGGGGAGACUGCUGACGAAGGAGACGGAGAUGGAGAGGAGACAAUGCAGUCCUCCUUUGAAGUUUUUAGGUCUGAAAAUACCUCCCCACAAACUGAAAGUGUGAAAGAAAGCGGUGAAAUAACAGUUGGGGGGGCAGCUAAGGAGAAAGACACCAAAACAGUAGAAGAUGAGGAAAAAAAUAAAAUAGCUCUCGAACAAACUGGAUCAGAAGAGGUAAAUAUCAAAUCAGAACUGGCAAAAGCAGAGGUUAAUGUUGAAAAACAAGAAGAUAGUUCAGCUGCAUUACCAACUGAACCAGGCAAAGACAAAGGACAGUGUAUAAUCCUUUAGAGUAACUACGGUAUUUUCAUUGAUUUUAAUGUUAAGUAUUGCUAAUGUGUCUUAAAUAUAUAGUAGAAUUGUCCAACAUUUGACUCAGAUCAAGUCUUAAAAACAUCUUAUAUGAAGAGUGUAAAAUAUAGUCUAGUUUUUAGGAUGUAUACCCUGCUGUACUCCUACUGCAUGAAUUCGACAAUCGUUUUGUCCAAAACAGUCGCACUAAUCUAGAGAUGAAUCAAUUAUCAUUUUGACAAUCGAUUAAUUGGUUCAGUAGUUUUUGAAGCAAAAAUUGUGAGAAAAGGCAAACUUCUAGUUGAACAAAAAAAGAACUAAAAAUGUCACCUUCAGCUUAGUGCAAAUUUGAGGCAAUUUUUGGAUGUUCCAUACUUUUACUAUUAAUUGAAAUAUACGUGGUAGAUUAAUCGAUAAUGAAGAUAAUUGUAAGUCGCAGCCCUACAUUGAUCAAAUAUCUUUUUCUCAAUGUAAACCCAGUCUCUUCAGUAUGGUUGUGUGGUAAUAACACAUGAAUCUCAGUGUGUUUGAAAAGAGAGGUUUGGGUCAUGAGUGUGAUUAAAAAGGGGUUGAGUGCAUGCGAUUGCGUGAGGUUAGGGUGGAUCUUCAGCUAUAAAUAAGCCUCUGCAGCUGUUAACCUGACACCUUGUCUGAGCUAGGAGUCUAUGUACUGUGUAUCUACUUGUACACAGUAAAAGAAAAAGGAGUGUGUAAUACGUGCAGACAUGUAUAUUCACACAACCACUUUUAUUUCUAAUGGAUGACCUGUACUUAGUUUGUUUAAUCUUUCCAAAGACUACCAUGACUGUAAUGUAUGCUAAAUUAAACAAACAUUUUAACUGUG